ACGACGUUGGCGGAGCUCAAUUUGAGGAAGGGGAAGCGCGCUCCUGCGGCGCCAUGACGCAUCUCGCGUCCCCGUCGCGCUGACGUGCGUCGCCCUCGUUCCUGCGCCAGUCGAGCCGCGACGCCAAGUUGAACCGCCCCUCCUGACGAGCGCGGGGGCUCCUCGCGUCCGGGGAUCCUCCAAGCCUUCCAGGGACGCUUGCAGGCCAUCCACGACGUGACGAUGCAGUAACCGAGGCUGCGUGCGGCGCGCCGGGCGGCCAUGAGCGACGGCAGGGGAGGCGGCCUCCGCGCCGACGCUCCCCCCUCUCGGCAGGCGCCGGGACCCAAGCUGCAGGUUCAACGCUCGCUCUCGCGCGACACCAUCACCAUCCACUUCUCUGCUCAGGGCAAAGAGGAGGACGAGGAGGAGGAGGAGGAGGAGCUUUACGGGGCGGACGCCGGAGCUCUGGAGGGCUUCAGGCCCAAAGAGACGCUGUUUUUUGAGUCCCGGACCACCACGGGAGCUCCCGGCGCAAACGCCGCCUCUUGUGCCGUCACAAUCCUUCCCACCUUCGGCGGUCCCCGGCCCAGCUCGACUCCGCCCACCAGCUCCUCCUGGCCCUCCGAACGUCCUUUAGCCAAUCCCCCCCCCACGAGCUCCGGCUCCUCCUCCCCUUGCAAGUCUGCCGGCCUUUCGUCUUCCGGGCCUUUCCUCAGCCUGGUUCGGUCCUCGUCCAACGACGCGGAGGCCCGGGAACCCGCUCCGCCGUCGCACGCCCGCCACAGACACUUGAUGAAAUCUUUCGUCAAGUCCCUCUCCGCGGACUCAUCGAAGGCCGAGCGCCAGGACGGGUCCGUUCACCAAGUUGUCCAUCACGCCCCCCCCCAGCAACAAGCGCAGGCGUGCCAGCGGCCCCCCCCCCGUAACAUGCAGCUCCUCAAGCAGUUCUCCCAGCCUCGCUUGUACACCGCCCCUGCGGUCGCCGGUCAGGUCGGCGGGGACUCCAAAACGGCCCCCUCGUCUCCCACCACGUCCCCGGACGGUAGGUCCUUCUUCAAGGUUCAAGAAGUGGAAGCCAAGAUAGAAGAUACAAGGAGACGUCUCUCGGAGGUGAUGUCGGACCCUCUGCAGCUCUUCACCAAGCUCAUGGGGGAGGAAUCGAGCGCAGGCAGCGCAGGAAGCGGCGCUCAUCGGGCCAGGUUGCUUUCGUCCAGCGCGUUGGAGCUGAGCGGCAUCCCAGCGGUGAACGGACACUCGGAAGGUUACGACUACAGCAUCAAGGAGGAGGACGGAGCCGAAGGGGAAGAAGACGAAGAAACCCCCACCUGUGGAGGACCCGAUUCCGUCUUCUUCUCCUUUCCCUCGCUGACACCAGCGCCGGCUUCCGCAUUUGCCAGGUCUCCGUCGCUCACUCUGGGUCGCUGCUCCAUGUCGGCUCUGGUCGCCCGUCAGGAAGACGACGACGACUUUUGCGAACUUUACAGCGAAGACUUUGACUUGGCCACUGACACGGACGCUCCGAAUGGGGAUCGCCCUGGAUCCCCGGGCGUCGCCACCGGUAUCACCGGGUUGUGGACGGAACUGGAUGUUGAGGAGGAGGAGGAAGAAGAGGAGGAGGGAGCGGAUGCUGUGCCUUGGAUGGGCCUGGUCUGCCUGACGCAGUUGCUGUACUGCUACUUCGUCCUCCCGCUCCCGGCGUACGUGUCCGCGGUGGUCCGUGGCAUUUUUGCAGGCUUCGCGUUGGCCGUCGUGGUCCUUUGGCUGUCGGGUCCCAGGAAGCAAAGGCGCGGGGUGGAACCUUGGAAUGUGGCCCGGCUCCAUAUCAAGGAACCAGACGUCGUCAAGGGCUGGAUGAACGAGAUCCACAGCUACGACCCGGAGCUGUACCACGCCACCCUGACGCACUCCGUGUACGUCCGCCUGGAAGGUUCCGUCCUGCGACUGUCAAAGCCCAACCGCAACAUCUCCCGGCGCGCCGCCCACAACGAGCCCAAACCCGACGUCACCUACAUCAGCCAGAAGAUCUACGACCUGAGCGACGGCAAGAUCUACCUGAUGCCGCACGGCCUAGCGAGGAAGCGAGUUUGGAACAAGAAGUACCCCAUCUGCAUCGAGCUGGCCAAGCAGGAUGACUUCAUGUCCAACGCCCGGGCGGGAAAACCCCAAGCUGAAGCGGCUGAGAGGGCGGAACGGGGCGACGCCGGGCUGGAAAAAGACGACGCGUCCGCGGAGGAGCAGAAGAAGCCGACGCCCGGAGGAGGGGAUCUGACAAUCUACCUGUUCGGGAGGACGGGUCGGGAAAAGGAGGAGUGGUUCCGGAGAUUUCUGCUCGCGUCCCAGCUGAAGUCCAACGGGCGAGGGGCCGCUCUGCCCAAGAGUGCCGGGCGGCCCCCCCACACCCGCGGCCACGAGGCCGACAGCGGGAGCGGCGGGCGAGGGAGCUCCGACGAGCCUCGGCCCCGGGACGGGUCCUCGGCGCCCUCCUGCUGCUCCGCCAGGCGCGAGAUGACCUCCGAUUAUCAUCUGUACAUGGCCGAGUACGUCAAGCCCCCGCCUGCGCCCGCCGGCCCGAGCGCCGACGGAAGCCCUGGGCGCAGCCCCGACGGAAGCCCGCAAACCACCAGAAAGAUGCCCGAAACUUCCGGCAAUCCGGCGGAGGCCUGGCUCAACGCGUUUUUGGGAAGAAUAUUCUGGGACUUCCUGCGAGAGAAGUACUGGGCCGACAUCGUUUCCAAAAAGAUUCAAAUGAAGCUCAGCAAAAUCCGGCUGCCGUACGUGAUGAAUGAGCUCACCUUGACGGAGUUGGACAUGGGCUUCUCCGUUCCCAAGAUUCUCGGAGCCUCGCAGCCCUCCGUUGACCCCCAAGGUUUGUGGUUCGAUGCGGAAGUCUCCUACACGGGCUCCUUCCUCAUGACGCUGGAGACCAAGAUGAACCUGACCCGUCUGGGCAAGGAGGGCGAGGGCCUCGGCGAGCACGGCAAGGAGUGGUCAAGGCCACGCACUUAUUGCCUGGCGGACAGCGACGAGGAGUCGUCCAGCGCCGGUUCCUCCGACGAGGAGGACCCUCCGGAACCUCUGGGGGACAAAGCCGCCCUCCUCUCUGGAGGCGAAAGCUACGUGGGAGGCCACAGGCCCAGCAAGAUCAUGCGCUUUGUGGACAAGAUCGCCAAGUCCAAGUACUUCCAGAAGGCCACAGAGACGGAGUUCAUCAAGAAGAAGAUGGAGGAGGUGGCCAACACGCCGCUGGUGCUCACCGUGGAGGUGCAGGAGUGUCGGGGGACUCUUGCUGUCAACGUCCCACCGCCCCCUACUGACAGGAUAUGGUACGGUUUCCGCAGUCCGCCUCACCUGGUGCUCAAAGCGCGGCCCAAACUCGGCGAGCGGGAGGUCACGCUGGUCCAUGUGACCGACUGGAUUGAGAAGAAACUGGACCAGGAGUUUCAGAAAAUAUUUGUGAUGCCAAACAUGGAUGACUUGUGGCUACCCAUCAUGCACUCUGCCAUGGAUACGCGUUCAAACACCGAGUCAAACGAUGCCUCGAAGGCCCCAGAAACCGAAGAGUCCGAGGCCUCGUCGUACAUGUGAAGAAGACGCCCGCGCGGCCGUUUCUCACCGUGGCGAUAUAUUGACUCGGCACCCGAGAAAGUCAGUGUGUGUGUGUGUGUGUGUGUGCGUGGGGGGGGGGGGGGCGACGUUUUGUCAUAUUUUGUGGCCAAUUCCAAAAGACUGCGCGUCUGCAUACGUACGUGCUGGCGCUUUGACAAAUGGCCAUCGGGCGUGACCAAUCGCAACCAUCAAAUCUGUGACGUGCAGCUGCGCCAAACCCGAGUUGCGCAGUGUCGAUUUUUCGUUUACGAGGGCUCGCGAAACGUGUUGUUGGUCGCGUGGCGUGACAUCGAUGACGAUGUCGAGAGUUUGAACCCACUGGAUACCGUCCAGGCUGUAUUGAAACCUUAUGCCCAAUGCGUACAAGGACUCGACGCCACAAAUUUUGACGUAUGUGCAGACACAGCAGCCAAAACCUUUGCCGAAAUCUGAUGAAUGUAUUUGUAAGAUUCUCCGAUUCACUUGACAACGCGCUUCUUAGCAACAAUUUCUCAUUCAAAUGUCAGGUGUGCGCUUCUAUUGCCAAAGCAUUACUUCACUCGGGUUCCAACGCUAUUUAGUGGCAAAUGUCUGAGGCGCUCUUAUAUCGCAAAAAUUCACCACCACACACAACUGGUUCAAUUCUUUACGUUCGGUUACGUUAAGACUGGAUGAUUUUUGCAUUUUCCAUAUAAAAAAAAAAAAAAACACAAGGAAAAUAUUUGGUUAUGUGGGGAGGCUUGCACAGACAUAGAAUUUGUUUUGGAGAACAAAUUCAAGUGGUAACUCAGAGUACCAGCGUCGGUUGCGUUCAAGAGGACAACGAAGAUGUGCAAAGCUCCGGCGUGUCCGAGCCGUAACAAAAGCAUCGUCGGCCAACAAAAGCUGCUUCCGCCAUUCCAAACUCGUUCGGUUUCUUAGUCUUCACGUUUUGGUUCAAUGUAUGGGGCACAAAGUGCCUUCGUAAUAAGCAAACAUUCCUCCACAGGGAGACAUUUGUUGCAACCACGUUUUAUAUUUAUAAAAAAAAAAAAAACUAAGGGGGGGGGGCCAUUAUUGUCGUUCAUCUUGUUUCGACGUUCAUUUGCACUGUGACGAAAAGGCCGAACAUUGCAGUUGUGUUCAGUGAUGUCAGAAUGUUACGGUUCAGGCCUUUGUUGAUCAAUAAAAACAUUUUUUGCACUGAGAAGUGGCGGGCUUUCAUUAAACCAAAUGACGACAGCACAGAAGGCUCAAAAUAUCCUUUUGACAGGCCUUCAAACCUUGUGAAUUCCCUCGUGCACUUCCUGUCGAAGGAAAAUAAAAAGAACACCGGAUGUCGCACGACUGUGUCAUGUUUUAAAAGAGAAACUUGGGAAAAGCGCCAAGAAACUCCAGUUAUAACAGGACUUGGGUUGCUCUUGCACCUUUUUUUUUUUUUACCUGCAUGACCACUUCAUAUGUCAAACAGGUUUUAAGUAGGGUGCAUUAUA